CCGCUGUGCCCACGGCUCCGGGGCGCCGCCGGCCGCGGGCUCCUGGACUGGGACGCAGUGCAAGGAGGGAGCGCGACGGCCCCGAGUCUCCCUGAGCCAUGGGCAACGAGGCGAGCUUGGAAGGGGAAGGGCUCCCCGAAGGGCUGGCGGGGGCGGCGGCGGCGGCGGCGGCGGCCGCCGGAGGAGAGGCUGGCGGGGCGGGGAGCCCCUUGCACACCGUGAUCCCGGCCGGCAUGGAGGCGGAUCUGAGCCAGCUGAGCGAAGAGGAGAGGAGACAGAUCGCCGCUGUCAUGUCAAGGGCGCAGGGGCUACCCAAGGGAAGCGUUCCCCCGGCCGCUGCGGAGUCGCCUUCCAUGCACAGGAAACAAGAGUUGGAUAGCAGCCAUCCUCCAAAGCAACCAGGGAAACCACCAGACCCUGGGCGUCCAGCUCAGCCUGGUCUCAGUAAAAGUAGAACUACAGACACUUUGAGGUCAGAGCAGAAAUUGCCUGGAAGGAGUCCUUCUACUAUUAGCUUAAAAGAAUCAAAGUCCAGAACUGAAUUUAAGGAAGAGCACAAGACUAGUAUGAUGCCUGGAUUCCUGUCUGAUGUUAAUCCUUUAAGUGCUGUCUCUUCUGUUGUAAAUAAAUUCAACCCUUUUGAUUUGAUAUCAGACUCUGAGGCAUCCCAGGAUGAAACUAUCAAGAAACAAAAAGUAGCUCAGAAGGAACAGGGAAAACCUGAAGGAAUCACAAAACCACCAUCACAACCACAGUCCCCCAAGCCAGUUCAUAAGCAUGAAGGACCUGUUAGGGAGCCACUUGAGCGGGGUGGUUCACCCAAAUCAAUAUCUUCUCAGCAACCAGAAAAAAUUAAAUCACAACCUUCAGGUACAGGAAAGCCAAUUCAGGGGCCUGCCCAGACUCCUCAGACAGACCAAACAAAGUUGCCACUUCAACGAGAUCCAUCCAGGCCUCAGACUAAGCAGUCUGACAUAGUCAGAGGAGAACCAGUUAAACCCUCACCACAAAGCCCAUCCAAAUCAUCUAUUCAGCAGGCAAGUCCUGGAAAAACUCCAGCUCAGCAGCCUGGACCAGAAAAACCACAGACUGGGCCUUCAAAGGCCCCAGCUCAGCAACCAGGGCUAGCAAAGCCCCUAACUCAACAGCCAGGGACAGUGAAGGCCCCAGCCCAACUACCAGGGACAACGAAGCCUCCUGCUCAGCCUCUUGGGACUGCAAAGCCUUCAGCUCAGCAGGCUGGGUCAGAUAAGCCUUCAUCUCAGCAGCCUGGGCCAAAGUCUGUAGCUCAGCCUCCUGGGCUUGGGAAGACUUCAGCUCAGCAGCCCGGGCCUGGAAAGUCUGCAGCACAGCAGCUGGGAUCACCAAAACCUCCAGCUCAACCUGAACCACUAUCUACAUCAAAGACACCUGGGACUACAAAGGCUCCAGCUCAGCAAGCUGGGCCCACAAAGUCUCUGGCUCAGCAGCCUGGACCAGGAAAGACUCCAGCUCAACAGCCAGGACCAGGAAAACCUCCUGCUCAGCAGUCUGGCCCAACAAAGAUGUCUUCUCAACAAUCUAGCCCAGCAAAGCCCCCUCUUCAGCAGCCUAGCCCAGCAAAGCCCUCAGCUCAGCAGGCUGCAAAACCAGUCAGCCAAAUAGGAACCGGGAAACCUCUGCAGCCAGCAACAUCUUCUCCAUCUGCAGCACAGACUCCAGUACAAGGCCUCCCUAAAACCAUCUGUCCUCUUUGCAAUACCACUGAACUUCUGUUGCAUGUUCCAGAAAAGGCCAAUUUUAAUACAUGCACUGAGUGUCAAACCACCGUCUGUAGCCUCUGUGGUUUUAAUCCCAAUCCUCAUUUAACUGAGAUCAAAGAAUGGCUCUGUUUGAACUGUCAGAUGCAAAGAGCUCUAGGAGGUGAUCUGGCUCCAGUUCCAUCAUCACCCCAGCCCAAACCGAAGACUGCUUCUGCUAUUCCUACAUCAGCAGUGAGUAAAUCUUCCCAACAGGCACAGCAGAGUUCCCCAAAGAAGGAUACUUCACUCAAACAGGAUCUCUCUAAAGCACCUGAGUCUAAAAAGCCACCACCACUAGUGAAACAACCAACUCUUCAUGGUUCUCCCACACACACAGCCAAGCAGCCUCCUGUGGCAGAAUCCUCACCCAAGCCAGCUCCUCCCAAAGAGCCUUCUGUCCCAUCUGAGCAGGCCAAGCCCCCUGUUGCUGAUGAGAAACCAAAGCAGCCCAAGACAGUAAAGCCACCUACAGACACUGUAUCUUCAUCAUCAGCAACAAAACCUGACAUUCCGAGCCCCAAGGUACAAUCACAGGUUCAAGACAAAACAACCCCUCCUCUAAAAACAGACUCUGCCAAACCCUCACAAAGUUUCCCACCAACAGGAGAAAAAGUCACCCCAUUUGAUUCUAAAGCCAUACCCCGACCUGCAUCAGACUCAAAAAUUAUUUCACAACCUGAACCCAGUUCAGAGAGCAAAGUGCAAAAACAAGUUGAUCCAAUUCAAAAAAAGGAAGAACCUAAGAAAGCACAAUCCAAAAUGAGCCCUAAACCAGAUGCCAAGCCAAUGCCAAAAGGGUCACCAACACCCCCUGGCCCACGACUUACCAGUGGCCAAACUGCCCCCGCAUCUCAACAGCCCACGAAGCCUCAGGAGCAGUCCAGACGUUUCAGUCUGAACCUGGGAAGUAUUACUGAUGCCCCUAAGUCACAGCCUACAACUCCUCAAGAAACAGUGACUGGGAAACUCUUUGGGUUUGGAGCAUCUAUCUUCAGCCAGGCAUCAAAUUUAAUCUCUACAGCAGGGCAGCCUGGACCACAUUCUCAAAGUGGGCCAGGGGCCUCAACAAAACAAGCCCCUCUGCCUUCACAGCCACCUGCUUCUCAGGGGCCACCUAAAUCCACAGGUCAGGGUCCAUCAGCAGCACCUGCAAAGGUUAUGCCUAUGAAAAAAGAAACAAAAGCUCCAGUAACUGAAAAAUUAGAGCCCAAAGUUGAGCAAGCUCCAACAGUAAAAAGAACCGAAGCAGAAAUGAAGGUCCCACCUGUUAAGGAUAGCAAACCUUUAGCAGCUGAGCCUCAAAAGACUGACCUUCCUCUCAAACCAGAGAAAACUCCUAAACUAGAAUUAACCUGUCCUCUCUGCAAGACUGAACUCAACAUAGGUUCUCAGGAUCCUCCUAACUUCAAUACUUGCACUGAAUGCAAGAAGCAAGUGUGUAAUCUCUGUGGAUUUAACCCUACACCACAUUUGACUGAGAUUCAAGAAUGGCUUUGUUUAAAUUGCCAAACCCAGAGAGCAAUGUCAGGACAACUUGGAGACAUGGGCAAAAUGCUACCUGCACCAUCAGGGCCCAAAGCACCCCCUAUGCCUGUUCCUACAGAACCAACAUCUCAGAAAACAACAAUGCCUGCCCAGGUAAAAGUGAUAAAGAAGGAACAAGAAAUAAAAGCAGACGCUGAAAAAGCCAUUCCAGAAAAAGGAAAAGAAACACCUUCAACUGAGAAAAUUCCCCGCAAGGUAACUACAGAUCAAAAACAAGAAGAGAAAAAACUAGAAAAAGAAAAAUCUUCAUCCCUUCCAGAAAAAAAGCCACCUCCCAAGGAAGAGAAACCACUCCCACCACCCAAAGAAAAGAAGCCACUCCCAGAAGAAAAAAAAGUGGCCUUUGAAGAGAAAGAGCCACCACCUGAAAUAAAAAAGCUACCCCCAGAAGAUAAAAAGCAAGUCCCAGAAGAAAAGAAGACAACCCCUGAAGAUAAAAAGUUACCCCCACUAGCAAAAACAUCAGUCCUAGAAGAGGAACAGAAACAUGACUUACUUAAAACUCAAGUACAAAUUGCUCACGAAGAGCCUGAAGGCAGAGUGGCUCCUGAGGCAAUACAAGAGGAGAAACAAGCAGAGACCCUGGUAGAAAAGUUACCAUCUGACUUGCCUCAGAGUUUGCCUAAGGAAGAUGACAAAACCACCACAAAAAUAAAAGAACAGCCACAGGCAGCAAGCAUAGCAAAAUUGGAUCAGAUGGAAACUGGAAAAGAAAAAACAGAAAAGGAAGAUGACAAAUCAGACACCUCAAGCUCUCAGCAGCCUAAAAGUCCACAAGGUCUGAGCGACACAGGAUAUUCUUCUGAUGGGAUAUCAGGUUCACUUGGUGAAAUUCCAAGUCUUAUUCCAAGCGAUGAAAAGGACUUGCUCAAGGGACUCAAAAAGGACACUUUUUCACAAGAAAGCAGCCCUUCUAGUCCAUCUGAUUUGGCUAAGUUAGAAAGUACAGUCCUGUCCAUUUUGGAAGCUCAGGCAAGUACAUUUGUUGAUGAAAAGCCAGAAAAGAAAACACAGCCCCAUGGGAUUUCCCCUGAGCAGCCUAAGGACCAACAGAAAACCCAUGUUUUAUCUGAAACACUGGAAAGUACUAUUUCAGAGAUAGAGCUAAAAGUAAGUCCGGAAGAACAGAAAGACAUUUCUAAAAAAGAUAGCCAACCAAGCCUUUCUUCUAGUAAGGACCAUAAAGAAAAGUCUGAGUUUGUUGAUGACAUAGCUACAAGAAGACAACCUUACGAUUCAGUCGAAGACAGUAGCGAAAGUGAAAACUCACCGGUUCCACAAAGAAAACGGAGAACCAGCGUUGGUUCUUCAAGCAGCGAUGAGUAUAAACACGAGGACAGUCAAGGAUCAGGGGAAGAAGAGGACUUUAUUAGAAAACAAAUCAUAGAAAUGAGUGCUGAUGAAGAUGCUUCAGGUUCCGAAGAUGAUGAGUUCAUUAGGAGCCAGCUCAAAGAGAUCAGCAGUAGUACAGAGAGCCAGAAGAAGGAAGAAACAAAAGGGAGGGGGAAAGCGACACCAGGAAAACACAGACGACUGACUCGNAAGAGCAGUGCCAGCUUCGAUGACGAGGCCGGGCGACGUCACUCAUGGCACGAUGAAGACGAUGAGACAUUUGAUGAAAGUCCUGAACUGAAGUACAGAGAAACUAAAAGUCAAGAGAGUGAAGAGCUUGUAGUUGCUGGAGGAGGAGGGCUACGUCGAUUUAAAACAAUUGAACUCAACAGCACAAUAGCAGAUAAAUACGCUGCAGACUCCACGCCGAAAAAAACAGCUUUGUAUUUUGAUGAAGAGCCAGAAUUAGAAAUGGAAAGUCUGACAGACUCACCAGAAGAUCGGUCCAGAGGCGAGGGAUCUUCCAGUCUUCAUGCUUCCAGUUUCACUCCUGGUACAUCCCCUACCUCCGUGUCGUCACUUGAUGAGGACAGUGACAGCAGCCCGAGUCACAAAAAAGGAGAAAGCAAACAGCAACGCAAAGCUCGGCACCGAUCACAUGGCCCUCUCUUGCCUACUAUUGAAGAUUCUUCAGAGGAGGAGGAAUUGAGAGAGGAAGAGGAACUAUUAAAGGAGCAAGAAAAGCAGCGGGAAUUAGAACAGCAACAAAGGAAGAGUUCUAGUAAAAAAUCAAAGAAAGACAAAGAUGAACUUCGAGCUCAGAGAAGAAGGGAGAGACCAAAGACACCACCCAGUAAUCUCUCCCCCAUUGAAGAUGCAUCCCCAACAGAAGAAUUACGUCAGGCUGCCGAAAUGGAGGAGCUCCAGAGAUCUUCUUGUUCUGAAUAUUCACCUAGCAUAGAAUCCGACCCAGAAGGUUUUGAAAUAAGCCCAGAAAAAAUAAUAGAAGUACAAAAAGUUUAUAAAUUGCCCACAGCUGUGUCUUUAUACUCGCCGACAGAUGAGCAAUCUAUUAUGCAGAAAGAAGGUGGUCAAAAGGCACUGAAAAGUGCUGAGGAGAUGUAUGAAGAAAUGAUGCAUAAAACCCAAAAAUAUAAAGCUUUUCCAGGUGCGAAUGAACGAGAUGAUGUAUUUGAAAAAGAGCCUUUGUAUGGCGGAAUGUUAAUAGAAGAUUAUAUUUAUGAAUCCUUAGUGGAGGAUACAUACAAUGGAUCGGUAGAUGGCAGUCUGCUAACAAGGCAAGAAGAAGAAAAUGGAUUUCUGCAGCAGAGAGGAAAAGAGCAAAAACUAAGACUUACAGAACAGAUUUAUGAAGAUCCUAUGCAGAAAAUCACAGACCUCCAGAAAGAGUUUUAUGAGUUAGAAAGCUUACAUUCUGUUGUGCCUCAAGAGGACAUUGUUUCAAGCUCUUACAUUAUUCCAGAAAGCCAUGAGAUAGUGGAUCUGGGCACAAUGGUAACGUCCUCCAGUGAAGAAAAAAAAUUAUUAGAUGCCGAUGCUGCCUAUGAAGAACUCAUGAAAAGGCAACAGAUGCAGUUAACUCCUGGAUCCAGCCCUACCCAGCACCCCAUCGGUGAUGAUCUGACCGAGUCCACUCUGGACUUUGACAGGGCACCUGAUGCCUCUUUGACAUCAAGCGUGCUGUCAGGAGCAUCUCUUACAGAUUCUACCAGCAGUGCAACACUUUCUAUCCCAGACGUUAAAAUAACCCAACACUUUUCAACAGAGGAGAUUGAGGACGAAUAUGUAACUGAUUAUACAAGAGAAAUUCAAGAGAUAAUUGCCCAUGAGUCACUGAUUUUGACUUACUCAGAGCCUUCAGAAAGUGCUACAUCUGUCCCACCCUCUGACACACCUUCUCUCACAUCAUCUGUUUCUUCAGUUUGUACCACAGAUAGCUCCUCACCCAUUACUGCCCUGGAUAGCAUAGCCACCGUUUAUACAGAACCCCUGGACGUAAUCACUAAAUUUGAAGAUUCUGAGGAAAUUUCUUCAUCAACUUAUUUUCCAGGCAGCAUUAUUGACUAUCCAGAAGAAAUAAGUAUAUCUUUAGAUCAGACAACCGCACCAGAAGGUAGAACUAGUGCCGAUCAUGUUGUGAUUUCCUUAUCUGAUAUAGCACCUUCUAUGAUAGAAUCUGUAGAAACUAAGCCUGAGGAGGCAAUUGCUGACACUAUUUCCACUGACUUAUCUAUAUCUGAAAAAGAUGCAAUGAAGAAAGUCAAGAAGGAAACUGAGAAUGGAAUUAUUCUGGAAGUUUUGGAAGCUUAUAAAGACAAAAUGGAGGUGUCUGAGGCUGAACGGACAAAGCAAAGCUUAUCUGAAACUGUAUUUGAUCAACCACCUUCUUCUGAAAUGGCUCCCCCAAUGAAGGAGCCGCUUUCAACUACAUACUUCAUAUCCAGAGAGAUCUUUCCUCAGGAAAAACCUGCAUCUCACUUACCCUCUGGCAGUCCUUCUGUUUCCUCUCUGCCAAUUAAAACUCGUCCAUUCCUUCGAAGUUCUUCUUUGGACAUAUCAGCCCAGCCUCCUCCNCCUCCGCCCCCUCCUCCUCCCCCACCUCCUCCUCCUCCUCCCCCGCCACCUCCACCCUUACCUCCAUCAACUUCACCGAAGCCAUCUAUUCAUCCUAAAAAAAAGUUAACAGUUGCAGCUCCAGUGACUCUACCUAGUACAGCUGCACCUCCAGUUGAUGCUGUUACUACUGUAGAGACCACUGCUAUUCCUAGGAGUAACGGGUUACCUGUAACAAAAAUAUGUGCCACUGCACCUCCUCCCGUUCCUCCUAAGCCAUCUUCAAUUCCAACUGGACUCGUAUUUACACAUAGGCCUGAGCCAAGCAAACCUCCAAUUGCCCCUAAACCAGCAGUUCCUCAGCUUCCGGUAACUACACAAAAACCAACAGAUACACACCCCAAACCAAUAGGUCUACCCCUAACUUCAAGUAUGACCUUAAAUUUAGUGACUUCAGCAGAAUAUAAAUUGCCUUCCCCUACAUCUCCCCUUUCUCCACAUUCUAACAAGUCCUCACCAAGAUUUUCCAAAUCCCUCAUGGAAACCUACGUAGUUAUUACAUUGCCAUCUGAACCUGGGACUCCCACAGACUCUUCAGCUAGUCAAACAAUUACCAGUUGGCCCCUGGGAUCACCCCCCAAAGAUCUGGUUUCCAUUGAACCAGUGUUUUCUUUAGUUCCUCCUAUUACAGCUGCAGAAAUUUCAAGUUCUUCAGAACAGACCCUGCACAUCUCAGGAGCAUUGGAGACAUUGUCUACUGCCCCCAUUGCAACACUGUCUUCAUUUCAAGCAAUUCCAACCUCAGUUACACAUUUUCUCACCAGCGAAGUUUCCAAGGCUGAGGUUUCAGCAGCCAGAAGUGCAGCCCCUAGUGUUGGUCUCGGCAGUGUUUCUAUAUCAAUUCCUCCAGAGCCUCUUGCUCUAGAUAACUUACAUUUAGAGAAGCAUCAAUACAGGGAAAAUGGUAAGGUGCAACUUGUUGGUGAUGUCAUUGAUUUGCGUACAGUACCCAAAGUACAAGUUAAAGCAACUGAAAGAUGUAUGGAUCUUUCUGCUUCCACAAUGGAUAUGAAAAGGCAGACUACAUCAAAUGAAGCUUAUGGGAGACAAAUUAGUGCUGUUCAACCCUCUAUUAUAAAUCUCAGCACAACUUCAUCAGCAGUGCCUGCAAUAUCCCUGGACACUAAGACAGUGACCGUUGUCACGUGCACUGCUAGUGUAAGUUACACUACAAGCACAGAAAGUCUGUUGAGCAAAGAACAUGCAAUGACAACACCACUCCAGCUUACUACAUCAAAGCAUGCUGAGCCCCCAUAUAGGAUGCCAAGUAGCCAGGCCUUCCAUACAGUUAGAGAGGAAGCACCAAUAAACUUAUCUCUAGGUACUUCAGCUCAUGCAGUGACACUAGCUGUUACAAAACCUGUCACCGUUCCACCUGUUGGUGUCACAAAUGGAUGGACAGAUAGCACGACAACCCUGGGGAUCACUGAUGGGGAAGUAGUGGAUCUCAGUACAACAAAGUCUCAUAGAACUGUUAUAACAAUGGAUGAUUCGACUUCAGGUGUGGUGACCAAAAUAAUAGAAGAUGAUGAAAAACCUGUUGAUUUGACUGCAGGAAGAAGAGCUGUGUGUUGUGAUGUGGUUUAUAAGUUACCUUUCGGGAGGAGCUGCACAGCACAGCAGCCUGCAACCACUCUUCCCGAGGAUCGUUUUGGUUAUAGGGAUGACCACUACCAAUAUGAUCGAUCAGGGCCAUAUGGUUAUAGAGGGAUUGGAGGAAUGAAACCUUCUAUGUCUGAUACUAAUUUAGCAGAAGCUGGACACUUUUUCUAUAAAAGUAAAAACGCUUUUGAUUAUUCUGGAGGAACUGAUGCAGCAGUAGAUCUAACUUCAGGGAGAAUUACUGCAGGUGAGGUAAUGGAUUAUUCAAGCAAGACUACAGGUCCAUAUCCAGAAACACGACAAGUCAUUUCAGGAGUUGGGAUUAGUACCCCGCAGUAUUCCACAGCAAGAAUGACUCCACCUCCAGGAUCCCAGUAUGGUGUGGGGAGUGUUUUGAGGUCAUCUAAUGGUGUUGUCUAUUCAUCAGUAGCAACUCCAGUACCUUCCACAUUUGCUAUCACCACACAGCCUGGCUCCAUUUUCAGCACCACUGUGAGGGAUUUGUCUGGGAUUCAUACAACUGAUGCAGUGACUUCAUUAUCUGGCCUGCAGCAGAGUCAGCCAAUGCCUAGAUCAUAUUUCAUAACAACAGGUGCAUCUGAAACAGACAUUGCAGUCACCAGUAUUGACAUCAAUGCCAGUUUGCAAACUAUUACAGUGGAAACUCUUACUGCUGAGACAAUAGACUCUGUUCCCACUUUAACCACAGCAUCUGAAGUAUUUUCUGAAGUGGUGGGAGAUGAAAGUGCUCUUUUAAUUGUCCCCGAAGAAGAUAAACAACAACAGCAGCUUGAUUUGGAGCGUGAGCUCUUGGAACUGGAGAAAAUUAAGCAGCAACGCUUUGCUGAGGAAUUGGAGUGGGAACGUCAGGAAAUUCAAAGAUUCCGAGAACAAGAAAAGAUCAUGGUUCAAAAGAAGCUGGAGGAGCUGCAGUCUAUGAAGCAGCACCUUCUCUAUCAGCAAGAAGAAGAGCGGCAGGCCCAGUUCAUGAUGAGGCAGGAGACAUUAGCUCAGCAGCAGUUACAGCUUGAGCAGAUUCAACAGCUGCAACAACAACUUCACCAGCAGCUGGAGGAACAAAAGAUUCGCCAGAUCUACCAGUAUAACUAUGACCCCUCUGGAACUGCUUCUCCACAGACUACUACAGACCAAGCGAUUUUGGAAGGUCAGUAUGCUGCCCCAGAAGGCAGUCAGUUUUGGGCCUCUGAAGAUGCAACCACCACAGCUUCAGCUGUUGUGGCAAUUGAAAUACCACAGAGCCAAGGAUGGUACACAGUUCAGUCCGACGGUGUUACUCAAUACAUCGCCCCACCUGGCAUCCUGAGCACUGUUUCAGAAAUACCGCUGACAGAUGUUGUUGUAAAGGAAGAAAAACAACCCAAAAAGAGAAGUUCUGGAGCUAAAGUUCGUGGACAGUAUGAUGAGAUAGGGGAAAAUAUGGCAGAUGAUCCCCGAUGUUUUAAAAAAAUAGUGGACAGUGGUGUACAAACUGAUGAUGAAGAUGCUGCAGACCGUAGUUAUGCUAAUAGGAGAAGGAGAACUAAAAAGAGUGUUGAUACCAGUGUCCAAACUGAUGAUGAAGACCAAGAUGAAUGGGAUAUGCCUACCAGGUCAAGGAGAAAAACUCGUGUAGGAAAAUAUGGUGACAGCACAACAGAAGCUGACAAGACCAAAGCCCCUUCUAAAGUGUCCAGCAUAGCAGUGCAAACAGUAGCAGAGAUAUCUGUGCAAACUGAGCCAGUCGGAACCAUAAGAACACCUUCAAUACGAGCACGAGUGGAUGCCAAGGUAGAAAUAAUUAAACACAUUUCAGCACCCGAAAAGACUUACAAAGGGGGCAGUUUAGGAUGUCAAACAGAAACAGAUUCAGACACACAAAGUCCUCAAUACCUGAGUGCCACAUCUCCAUCCAAAGACAAGAAACGCCCAACACCUUUAGAGAUUGGUUAUUCAUCUCACCUUCGGGCAGAUUCCACACUACAGCUGGCUCCUUCCCCACCCAAAUCUCCAAAAGUCCUUUAUUCACCCAUCUCACCACUUUCACCAGGCAAAGCCUUAGAAUCAGCCUUUGUACCUUAUGAAAAACCCCUCCCUGAUGAUAUAAGUCCACAGAAAGUACUGCAUCCAGAUAUGGCUAAAGUUCCCCCGGCAAGUCCUAAGACAGCCAAGAUGAUGCAGCGUUCUAUGUCUGACCCCAAGCCUCUGAGUCCAACAGCAGACGAAAGUUCCAGGGCUCCUUAUCAGUAUACCGAGGGCUUCACGACAAAAGGUUCUCAAACCAUGACACCAUCUGGCACUCAGAAAAAAGUCAAAAGAACUCUGCCAAAUCCACCUCCUGAGGAGACUUCUCCAGGAACUCAGUCAACCUACAGCACAAUGGGCACAGUUUCCCGGAGAAGAAUCUGCAGAACUAACACAAUGGCACGAGCUAAGAUUCUCCAGGACAUAGACAGGGAGCUUGACCUAGUGGAAAGGGAAUCUGCAAAACUUAGAAAGAAACAAGCAGAACUUGAUGAAGAAGAAAAGGAGAUUGAUGCCAAGCUGCGCUAUCUGGAAAUGGGAAUUAACAGGAGAAAAGAGGCAUUAUUAAAGGAGAGAGAAAAGAGAGAGCGAGCCUACCUGCAGGGAGUUGCUGAGGAUCGUGAUUACAUGUCUGACAGCGAAGUGAGCAGCACCAGACCAACCCGAAUAGAAAGUCAGCAUGGCAUUGAACGACCCAGAACUGCUCCCCAAACUGAAUUCAGUCAGUUUAUACCACCCCAAACUCAAACAGAAUCUCAAUUAGUUCCUCCUACAAGUCCUUACACACAGUAUCAGUACUCUUCCCCUGCCCUUCCUACCCAAGCACCCACACCAUACACCCAACAAUCCCAUUUUCAGCAACAAACUUUGUACCAUCAGCAAGUGUCACCUUACCAGACUCAGCCAACAUUCCAAGCUGUAGCCACAAUGUCUUUCACCCCUCAAGCUCAACCUACACCAGCCCCACAACCUUCAUAUCAGUUGCCAUCACAGAUGAUGGUGAUCCAACAGAAGCCGCGGCAAACUACAUUGUACCUGGAGCCCAAGAUAACUUCAAACUAUGAAGUAAUUCGCAACCAACCCCUGAUGAUAGCACCUGUCUCUACUGACAGCACAUACGCUGUUUCUCAUCUUGGUAGUAAGUACAAUAGUUUAGACUUGAGAAUAGGCUUGGAGGAAAGAAGUAGCAUGGCAAGUAGUCCAAUAUCAAGCAUAUCUGCAGAUUCUUUCUAUGCAGACAUUGACCAACAUACUUCACGAAAUUAUGUCCUAAUUGAUGAUAUUGGAGAGAUUACCAAAGGCACAGCAGCAUUAAGCACCGCCUUCAGCCUUCAUGAAAAAGAUCUGUCAAAAACGGACCGUCUCCUUCGAACAACUGAGACCCGUAGAUCUCAAGAAGUGACAGAUUUCCUAGCACCUUUACAGACUUCCUCCAGAUUGCACAGUUACGUGAAAGCAGAGGAAGACCCAAUGGAGGAUCCUUAUGAGUUAAAACUGUUGAAACAUCAGAUUAAGCAGGAAUUUCGUAGAGGGACGGAGAGUUUAGAUCACCUUUCUGGUCUUUCACACUAUUACCAUGCUGAUACUAGUUAUAGACAUUUUCCAAAAUCUGAAAAAUAUAGCAUUAGUAGACUUACACUUGAAAAACAAGCAGCAAAACAAUUACCAGCAGCCAUACUUUAUCAAAAGCAGUCAAAACAUAAGAAAUCACUAAUUGACCCUAAGAUGUCAAAAUUUUCACCUAUUCAAGAAAGUAGAGAUCUUGAACCUGAUUAUUCAAGCUACAUGACUUCAAGCACUUCAUCUAUUGGUGGCAUAUCUUCUAGGGCAAGGCUUCUUCAAGAUGAUAUUACUUUUGGCCUCAGAAAAAAUAUUACAGACCAACAAAAAUUUAUGGGAUCAUCUCUUAGCACAGGACUGGGCACAUUAGGAAAUACUUUACGGUCCGCUCUACAGGAUGAAGCAGAUAAGCCAUACAGUAGUGGCAGCAGGUCCAGGCCUUCCUCCAGACCUUCCUCUGUCUAUGGGCUUGAUUUAUCAAUUAAAAGGGAUUCUUCCAGCUCUUCUCUAAGAUUGAAAGCUCAAGAAGCUGAAGCUCUAGAUGUUUCCUUUGGUCAUGCAUCAUCCUCUGCCAGAACUAAGCCUACAAGUUUGCCAAUAAGCCAGAGUAGAGGAAGAAUACCAAUUGUGGCUCAGAAUUCUGAAGAAGAAAGUCCACUCAGUCCUGUUGGCCAGCCAAUGGGAAUGGCUAGAGCUGCAGCUGGAACCCUGCCGCCAAUAUCUGCUGACACCAGGGAUCAGUUUGGAUCAAGUCACUCAUUGCCUGAAGUUCAGCAACAUAUGAGAGAAGAAUCACGGACUAGAGGCUACGACCGUGACAUAGCAUUCAUCAUGGAUGACUUCCAACACGCCAUGUCAGACAGUGAAGCCUAUCACCUGCGUCGUGAGGAAACAGAUUGGUUUGAUAAACCUAGAGAGUCUCGUUUGGAAAAUGGACAUGGUUUGGACCGAAAACUGCCAGAAAGAUUGGUCCACUCCAGACCACUUAGUCAACAUCAAGAGCAAGUUAUACAGAUGAAUGGGAAGACUGUGCACUACAUCUUUCCUCAUUCAAGGAUAAAAAUAACGAGAGACUCUAAGGAUCACACAGUUUCAGGUAAUGGAUUAGGAAUUAGAAUUGUGGGUGGUAAAGAAAUCCCUGGGCAUAAUGGAGAAAUUGGAGCCUAUAUUGCGAAGAUUCUUCCUGGAGGAAGUGCAGAACAGACAGGGAAACUUAUAGAAGGGAUGCAAGUAUUGGAAUGGAAUGGAAUUCCCUUAACUUCUAAAACAUAUGAAGAAGUGCAGAGUAUCAUUAGUCAGCAAAGUGGGGAAGCAGAAAUAUGUGUAAGACUGGACCUCAAUAUGCUAUCAGACUCCGAAAAUCCCCAGCACCUAGAACUCCAUGAACCACCAAAAGCUGUGGAUAAAGCAAAAUCCCCAGGGGUGGAUCCUAAGCAGCUGGCAGCGGAGCUCCAGAAGGUCUCGCUGCAGCAGUCACCACUGGUUCUGUCAUCAGUGGUAGAAAAAGGAUCCCAUGCUCAUUCAGGUCCAGCAUCAGCAGGAUCCAGUUCAGUUCCCAGCCCUGGGCAGCCAGGGUCACCCUCGGUGAGCAAGAAGAAGCACAGCAGCAGCAAGCCUACUGAUGCAACAAAAGUUGUGUCUCAUCCAAUUACGGGGGAAAUUCAGCUUCAAAUCAACUAUGAUCUUGGAAAUCUCAUAAUACAUAUUCUCCAAGCAAGAAACCUUGUCCCUCGAGACAACAAUGGUUAUUCUGACCCUUUUGUUAAAGUGUACCUUCUUCCAGGGCGAGGUCAAGUCAUGGUUGUCCAGAAUGCAAGUGCUGAGUACAAGAGGAGGACUAAAUAUGUUCAGAAAAGUCUUAAUCCUGAGUGGAAUCAAACAGUAAUUUAUAAAAGUAUUUCUAUGGAACAGCUCAAGAAGAAAACACUGGAGGUGACAGUUUGGGAUUAUGAUAGAUUUUCUUCUAAUGACUUCCUUGGGGAGGUAUUGAUUGACUUAUCUAGCACAUCUCACCUAGAUAACACGCCUAGGUGGUAUCCUCUCAAAGAACAGACUGAAAGCAUUGAUCAUGGCAAGUCCCAUUCCAGUCAGAGCAGCCAGCAGUCCCCAAAGCCAUCUGUCAUCAAAAGUAGAAGUCAUGGUAUCUUCCCUGACCCAUCCAAGGACAUGCAGGUUCCCACCAUUGAGAAAUCCCAUAGUAGUCCUGGUAGCUCAAAGUCAUCAUCGGAAGGCCAUCUCCGCUCUCAUGGACCAUCUCGCAGUCAAAGCAAAACCAGCGUCACUCAGACCCAUCUGGAAGACGCAGGGGCUGCCAUAGCUGCAGCCGAAGCCGCUGUGCAACAACUCCGCAUUCAACCAACAGCACAUAAAAGCGGUCAGUCCAAUCAUGCCAGGAAGCAGCACAGACACAGCAUAGCAGGAGUCCUCCCCAUUCAAAGAACUCAGUCUGAUAAUCUGCCUCCACCAGCCAAUGGCAACCAAGACCAAAGCCAGCUAGCCCUCAGGAAGGUGAUGUCUGAUGGACCAGUCAAGCCAGAAGGAGCAAAGCCUACCAAUCACCGGCCUGCAGAAAGCUCUGUGUCCACCGGCUCCUCGGGCAGCAGCUUUGGCAGUGGGUAUAGCGUGGACAGUGAAGGAAGCAGCAGCACUGCAGGGGAGACUAAUCUAUUUCCUAUUCCAAGGAUAGGGAAGAUGGGACAGAAUGGUCAAGAACCUGUAAAACAGCCAGGAAUCGGAGUAGGACUGGCAGACACUGAAGUUAAAACUCAGGUGAUGGGGGAAAUCAAGAUUGCACUGAAGAAGGAAAUGAAGACAGAUGGUGAACAACUAAUAGUUGAAAUUCUUCAAUGCAGAAAUAUCACCUACAAAUUUAAGUCUCCUGAUCAUUUGCCAGAUUUAUAUGUGAAAAUAUAUGUGAUGAACAUAGCUACCCAAAAAAAGGUGAUUAAGAAAAAAACAAGAGUAUGCAGACAUGAUAGAGAACCUUCUUUCAAUGAAACUUUUAGAUUCAGCCUAAGUCCUGCUGGACAUUCUCUUCAGAUUUUACUUUUCUCCAAUGGAGGGAAGUUUAUGAAAAAGACCUUGAUUGGUGAAGCCUGUAUCUGGCUUGACAAAGUGGACCUCAGGAAAAGAAUAGUCAACUGGCAUAAACUUUUGGUCAGUCCCACUCAAACGCAUUGAAGAAACGUGUCUGCUCAGGGUAUAGAAACUACUUUAAAUAGUCUCACAUCAAGUUUACAUUUUGAUCCUAUUGUACUAAGCUAUGUUUUCAGGAGCAAACAUGAUAGGAGAAAUGACUCAAAAACAUAACUUAAUGCCUUUUAAAUAUAUUAUUGUAAUAUAUUUAAUAACAGAAAAAGACCCAAAUGAAAGAGUCCAUAUGUUAAAGACAAAAAAAAAACUUAAAAAAAAAACUUAAAAAAAAAAAAAGCACUUAGAGACCUUGAAUUUCUCUAUGGUUAUCAAGAGAAACAAAGAAAAUUUGAUUAUUUAAUGCCAAAAUUUUGAGCAGAGUUGAGCUAUAGCUAAAGACAAAAGCUCAAAGAUUUCUGUAGUUUCCAAUACAGCACAAAGGCAAUCUUUUAUGUAAAGAAAUCUUGGUUGAAAGGAAAGAAUUGGUUUAAGAAAUUUGUUUUUAAAAGUAAAAAAAAAAAACUUUCUUCCUCAUCUUAUAUUCUCCAACAACUUACUGUUUUGAGAUUCUGGCAUAAGAUAUAUUUAACGAUAUGUGUCCAGGACUGAAAGGGAAGUGGCUGUUUUUGAAGGAAAUAAAAUGGAACAGGAGAUGCAGAAAUGAUGGCUUUGGACUGAAUCAUACAGACUUUCUUACGUGAGUAUGUCAUCAGGAUGUACAGCACCAGUUUUGGAAUCUAUGUGGUAAAAGCACAUUUGUUUCAGCAUAAUUUGAAGUAAUAUAGAGCGAAGAAAAUAAUACAAGGUAGAAAUGAAAUUUUAUUUAUCUAGAAUUAAAACCAGGGCUGGCUAACAAGAAAGAAAGUUGUUCCACAAUAUAUUGAUAACUUGGUUGAAAACAAAAACAUCUCUCUAAUUUUCCAUUAAGUCUAGGAAUUUUCAAUGUAAGUAACUGAGGAUCUAGAAUAAAGUGGUAUGUUUUAGGAAGCAUGUAACUUGUUCUUUGUGGAAUCACAAAUAAAUGUAUUAUUCUGCAUAUUUUCUUUCUCUUGAGUGAUGUAUUGGCAGAGAGAAAUUUCCUUCACUGACAAAAAGAAUUAUAUUA